CAUCGCAAGUCGGCGGUGGAGGCUUUGGCAGCGGCGGACGACAUGGACAACGCAGGGAAAGAGCGAGAAGCGGUCCAGCUGAUGGCGGAGGCCGAGAAACGAGUGAAGGCCUCCCACUCAUUCCUGCGAGGGUUGUUCGGAGGAAACACAAGAAUAGAAGAGGCAUGUGAAAUGUAUACCAGAGCCGCAAAUAUGUUCAAGAUGGCCAAGAAUUGGAGUGCUGCAGGAAAUGCGUUUUGUCAAGCCGCCAAGCUCCACAUGCAGCUUCAAAGCAAACAUGACUCUGCUACCAGCUUUGUGGAUGCUGGAAAUGCUUACAAGAAGGCAGACCCUCAAGAGGCUAUCAACUGCUUAAAUGCAGCCAUCGACAUUUACACAGACAUGGGAAGGUUUACAAUCGCAGCCAAGCACCACAUCACGAUUGCAGAGAUCUACGAGACUGAGCUUGUGGACAUUGAGAAGGCUAUUGCACAUUAUGAACAGUCUGCUGAUUACUACAAAGGAGAAGAAUCUAACAGCUCUGCUAACAAAUGUCUGCUGAAGGUGGCAGCGUACGCUGCACAGCUAGAGCAAUAUCAGAAAGCCAUUGAGAUCUACGAGCAGGUAGGAGCAAACACAAUGGAUAACCCCUUGUUGAAGUACAGUGCAAAGGAUUACUUCUUCAAGGCAGCACUCUGUCACUUUAUAGUGGAUGAGCUGAAUGCCAAGCUUGCUCUUGAGAAAUAUGAGGAAAUGUUUCCAGCAUUUACUGACUCCAGAGAAUGUAAAUUAUUGAAAAAACUUCUAGAAGCUCAUGAAGAACAGAACAGUGAAGCUUACACUGAAGCAGUGAAAGAGUUUGACUCAAUAUCACGCUUGGAUCAGUGGCUGACCACCAUGUUGCUUCGUAUCAAGAAGUCUAUCCAAGGUGAUGGAGAAGGGGAUGGAGACCUCAAAUGAAGUGCUGACAUCUUUGUAGCAUGCAGCUCAUUCCUUUUUCAUUUUGUCUUCGGGCAGAGUGAUCUUUCUGGGAUGUCCAUUCAAUGACAAUUUUGUUGUAAAUAUGCCACACAAUUUAUGUAUUGUUUCAGCUUGCCAUAUCUGUGUCACUGUGGGAAUGGGAAGCUUCUAUUCAGUUUGUGGUUAUGACACCAAAAUAUAUAAUGCUAAUCAGAGUCCUCAUAGUUUUCUGAGAAGUACUGCUGAAUCUUAUUCCUGUUCUUCUGAUAUUUUCAGGCCCCGUGUUCAGUGUUGCCAUGUGUUUUUCCCUUUUUCCUAUACUCUGGUACUCAACCCAGUUUUAUAGAUGCUUUGCAGACAUUGUGCAUUAGUAUCUGUAUGGACCCUUUACACAAGUGGCUUAGUUUAGAUGGUUAUUUAGGAAAAAGUUUGUAAUUCAGUAGAAACUGUUCGGCUUUCUUUUAGUUAUUUUGAUGGUGCUAGUGAUGAAUUCAUUUGCUUUUCAUUUUGCCCCAUAUGCUCACAUGUACAUGGCAAACACUGAGAACAGCUGGGAUGUCUUGGCAUCACUUGCAUUAUAAGGGGAAAGAACUUGCUGGCAGGUGUUGUGGUCCUGUUUAUUGUGGAUGAAUGUCAAGAUGGAUUUCAGUGAUUUUCUUUUUUUUUUUUUUUUUUUUUUUUUUU